GUUUGGCGUGGAUCUUCGCAUCACCAGACUCCAGAGCUCUAUAUCUGGGGGAGUGCAUGCUGGGCCUGCUGCUGCACGAGGCGAAACCAGUCGCUGAUGGUCACCAUCUGCAGUAUUUUGUGCUUCGGUGUGGUCUGUGUGGAAGCAAGCCACGUUGCUGCAGUGGGCUGGUCCGCGCCAGAUCUGUGCUUCAGCUAUUCUCUUGUGCGUCGAGCACUUGCGUUCUGUUUGCCUUCAUCACCUCGCAGGCUGCCAGGUUUCUGUCCCUGGAAUGCCUCUCUGGCACUCUACACUUGUCACGCAGAGCAGCAGCUAGCCGUUUAGAAAUCAGUUUAGUACACGUUGGGUACAGCCAGCACCACACUACUGCCCACUAGCACUGCCACUAGUGCAGGCCUGUCGUAGUUCUGGAUUUUUGCACAGGCUCAUUCUGUUCGGUGUUGCACACGUCUGUCUCCGAGCUCACACCAUCCCUUCGCACUAGCCCCCUCACUUGCCACCGACGUGCCAACCGACCCUGCUUCUCCUGCCAAGUUUUUGGCCGUCAACCUUCACACCAGACUCGGUCAGGCGGUCAGGUGACGUGAAUUCUUGCGACCUGUAUGAUUACAUUGCGCUACUGCUGGAUACGCUGAGCGAGAGAAGAAAAAGUGAGAGAAGGAGAGGGAGUGUGUCGUUCUGGGGCCUACUGGAGUAACCCUGUGCGAACUGUGAAGGGAGGCAUCACGGCUUGACCCGUCCAGAAAUGAUCAUCUCGUGUCCUGCGUUCAACAGCGGUCGUAGUCUCCAAGAGUAACUUUGCUGCGAUCAACUGAUUGAUGGAGCCCUCCGAUUCAGACGCGAUCAGCACAGAGCAGCUCGAUCUGCUUCCCGAUCCCGAAGAUACGGACGACACAGCCAGCGCUGCCGAGGAUGAGGAGGUCCGAACGCUCUUUGUUAGUGGUCUGCCUCUGGAUGUCAAACCCAGAGAGCUUCACUUGCUCUUUCGCAGCUUCCAGGGUUUCAAGGGAGCUUCACUGAAAUUCACCGGCAAACCGACAAAGUCACCUACGCCAGUUGCAUUUGUAGCGUUCGACAGUCGACAGAAUGCCGAGGUGGCUAAGGAUGAGCUGCAGAAUGUACGCUUUGACCCGGACUUCUCACAGACGCUACGGCUAGAGUUUGCGCGUGCAAACACGAAAGUUACGAGGAAGCCGGCAAACCCAAAUAUGGGCUCGUUAUCAUCGUUUUCUAUCCCUGGCCAGUACUACAGCUAUAACCCCAUGGACAGGCUGCCAGUACCCGGAUCUGUUCCUUGCUGGACUCUCCCGCCGCUGUCCAAUCUAGCGCUAAACCCGGCGGCCGCUGCAGCUAUCGAGUGGGGACCGGUGAGUCCGUACGCCGCCGGUCCGCAGAUGAUGCCCAGCUCUCCCACGCAGGCUGCUGGCGGCGGUGGUCCAGGAGGCGCUGGCGCUGGCAUGCACCAGCAGUUUGGUGCCAGCACACCGGUGAGCUCGGCUCCCAGCCACCAGCACCAGCACUCCGGUGUAGUAGCUGGGCAGACGUCGCCCGCCGCCACGCCGUGCAACACGCUGUUCGUCGCCAACCUGGGACCCGGCACCAGGGAUGAACACCUCGAGGAGGCGUUUUCAAGGUGUCCUGGGCUGCGGCGCGUUCGUCUGCACACCGGCAAGGGGACCACCGUCAGCUUUGUUGAGUUUGUUGAUCCUCCGCACGCAACUCUUGCCAUGAGCGUCAUGCGCGGAUACAAGUUCUCGCCAGAGCACACCGGUAUACGGAUUGAGUUUGCACGGAACCGGAUGGGCAACAGGAAUGUAGAGCUGCCGUCUCCGCACGCACCCGACGUUUCGGGCAUGGGUGUCAUGUCGCCGCAGCGCGUCAUGCCCGCCUACUCGCAGCCGUACCACGACGUGCCCGUCACCAUGGCAACCAUGCCGGCCAUGCGCACGGCGGAGGGCCAUCACCCACCGCCGCUGCACCCACACUCGUAACCAUGCCAACGACGCCGGUGCCGCUGCUGGUGUGCAACGGUAGCAGCGGCAGAGGCGAUCAGCCCCCGACCUUCCCUCGUCGUCGUACCGAGAUGAUCGGCCGCAACACUGUGUCUUGGUUCACCGGACGCCGGACCUAUUCCCGAUCCGGUCGCCCCGGGCAACCUGUCAACUGACCACCUCCUCGUCUAGUGUACUGUUUAGGGUCCACCGCUCCGGCUUGCCGCAACCGCCGCCACCGCUCUCUGUUCUGUGCGCUCUCACGUGCUCAGACGGGUGUGUGUGCGUGCGGGUGCGCGAGUCGGAUGAAGCUAGACUUCUAGGCUAGGCAUUGGUGUCUGGGAAAAAUGAAUUGCAAACGUCUCCUGUCAUAUUCUAUUUUUGCAACGCGCAUACUCACCUACUGCACGUGUGCAUCCACCACCACCGCCCACAGCCAUGCAUGUGCACACUUGUAUCCACCUAACACUCGUAUCCACCUAACACUCGCCAUACACACACACACACACACACACACACGCCCCGUGUAAUACCUAUCCAUGCAGUCAGUACGUACCAAGCGUUUCAUGUAUCCGCCCGUGCCAUCAUGCCAUCAUAUCAGCCGCAAUGCCCAUACCAUUUUCCGUGCCGUGCACUCAGCAUAACUGUAGCCAUGUUAUAAUUGCAUCGUGUAUUACCAUUCGUAAUUCUUUCCCCUUUUUUUCCCGGUUUUCAUUAUCACGUUCACGCUCUGCGUCAUGCAUGUGUAGUUUCCGCAUUGCCGCGUUUCCCACCCGUAUUCCAGUGCCCGCUGCUGUUUUUCGCGCCCACAUACACCCCCACGCGCUCACAAUUCCUCCUAGCAUAGGCUUAUCUCUCUGGGAGUGCUGCGAUCUGACGUCGCCAGCGGGAUCAGUAACUGAAGCAGCAGAAGCCACAGCAGCAGCAGCAACAUUAGUGUGUGUCAUAGGCCAGCGAUAUUGGAUUUAUCAGCGUUCCCAACAAGACGACAUAUGACGAUACCACAUCCUCCAUCCUGCUCCUCUCCCUCUCUCCGUCUUGCUCCCUCCGACAGCCAUUCCAGUUCAAGGGAAACCUAGUGUUUGCUCUGCGCUGGAUCAAGAAGCCAACAUACCACCAGCAAAGCAACCGCAGCUUCUAUUUAUGUGCUAUUUUCUCUUUUCCCCCGCGUGUGCCCGUGUCCGACAGUCCGCCCAGAAAUGAAAAAUACAGAGCUAUUAUAUCUAUUUCUGCCCCCCCCCCCAUUCCCCCUCCAGCUUUUUUUGCCGGAGCGAGUCAUCCGGGCAAGUGCAUGUGUGUGUCCCCCCCCCCCCCGCACCACCACACAGAGGGUCAGCCGUAGUUACAAACCAUCCGGCGAGUCAGCUGCGGCUAGUUCCGUAAUCCUCCAGGCGACAUCUCUGAUCAUGUGUGUGUGUGUGCAAUGUGUGCGAUGUGUUAGCCGCAACUGUGCGCUGAUCUCCCCCUCCCCUCCCGGUUUGUCUGUUUCCUUUCGCUAUUCUAUGUUUGUGUUUUAUUUUUUUGCCAUUUCCUAAUCUAAAUUUUAUUUGCUAAUUUCUUCAGGCGUAAACGAGACUGGGCGUACAGAA